AUGCCGGUCGUCGAACAGAUCGUCCCCCAGAGGAGUAAAAAGUACUGGAGCUCGCUGGACCACCACAAUGAAGAUGCCACGUUGGAAGCAGUUAUGCAAGAGUUUAACAAGUAUGACGAAGAGGCGUUUCACUACUAUAAUCGUGACCCCAAUCCCGGCCAUCCGCCAUCGGUAUACUGGAUCGUCAAGCCAUAUUUCCUAGACUGCCAGGUAUUUCUACUCCAUGGCUCGUUUCGCCUCCUUGGAGAAGACAAGCCGGUGACGGAGGCGGGCCGCUCGUACCUUUUGAAGGACGAAGAACGUAUCGGGCUAUGUGGAAGCACAACCGUGGUGGUGAUAGAGGAAGGAGAGCCUGGAGAAGCUCUUCUUCCCAGCAUGGUGGAAGGGGGUCGCUUUGAUGAUGAGAAGAACAUGAAGAUGCCCCAGUGCCUUGUUUCAUAA